AUGGCAUCAUCAAGUAAAAUGAGGGUGGAAGAGCUUCGAACAGAGCUGCACAACCGUGGACUCUCCAUCACCGGCACGAAACCCACUCUGGUGCGGAGACUUGAAUCCGCUCUUCGCAAAGAAACUCGGAAUGCGACGAGGGACGCUGAUGCUGGUAGUUCCCCUCGUAGAACUAGAAAGAGAGCAAGGGAUUCGCACAACCAGGAUUCUAACUACUCCGAAGAAAUCGAGGUUGCAGAGGAGAUAAAAGAGGAGGAGAAGAUAGUGACCGCUACCAAAAAGGGCGUGGCGGUUCUCGAUCAGUGUCUUCCGGAUUCUGUGAAGACGCACUAUCAUGUUUUGCAACUGGGUGGUGACGUCUACGAUGUCAUGUUGAAUCAGACAAAUGUCCGGGACAAUAAUAACAAGUUCUAUGUGAUUCAAGUUCUUGUUAUCUCCAACUCAAAAGUAGUUGCGAAACUUCGAUGCUUGAGCUGUGGAAGACAUGAUUUGCGUCAGGCUUAUCCACCAGCCUUUUCUGAAUCGGACCAUGGUGGUGAAUUCCUUGUUUACAAUAGAUGGGGAAGGGUAGGUGUAAAGGGCCAAGACAAGUUACAUGGCCCUUACAAAUCAUGUGAGAGUGCCACUCAGGAGUUUGAAGAAAAGUUUUUGGCCAAGACCAAGAAUGCUUGGUCAGAUAGGGAUAGUUUUGUUAACUAUCCUAAAAGUUAUGCAUGGCUGGAAAUGGACUACAGUGGCAAGGAAAAUGAAUCUAAUGUUACAGAAAAUCCUGGUCGUGCUUUAGGAAAGCAGCCUCACGAAUCUAAACUUGAGCCACGUGUUGCAAGAUUUAUAUCUCUUGUUUGCAACGUGAGCAUGAUGAAUCAGCAAAUGAUGGAAAUAGGGUACAAUGCGAACAAGUUGCCCCUUGGAAAACUUAGCAAAUCAACAAUUUUGAAGGGCUAUGAAGUUCUCAAAAGACUUGCUAAUGUGAUUGAUAAAGGUGACAGGAAAGUUCUGGACCAAUUAAGUGGAGAGUUCUAUACUGUAAUUCCACAUGACUUUGGAUUCAAAAAAAUGCGUGAGUUUGCAAUUGACACUCCUCAGAAACUAAAACGCAAGUUAGAAAUGGUUGAAGCUCUUGGUGAAAUUGAGGUUGCCACAAAGCUCUUGAAAGAUGAUGCAGAAAUGCAGGGAGAUCCCCUGUAUACUCAUUACCAACGCCUGCACUGUGAACUGGUACCGGUUGAAUUUGGUUGUGAGGAAUUCUCCAUGAUUGAAGAGUAUAUGAAGAACACUCAUGCAGCAACACAUUCAAACUAUACUGUGGAAAUUGUUCAAAUAUUUAGUAUAUCAAGAGAAGGCGAGGCUGAACGGUACAGAAAGUUUGCUAGUAUAAGAAAUAGGAUGCUUUUGUGGCAUGGUUCUCGGCUCACAAAUUGGACUGGAAUUUUAUCUCAAGGUUUACGCAUAGCUCCUCCUGAGGCACCUGUUACUGGGUACAUGUUUGGGAAGGGAGUGUACUUUGCUGACAUGUUCUCAAAAAGUGCAAAUUACUGCUAUGCUUCUCGUACUGCUAAAGAUGGGGUGCUCCUUUUAUGUGAGGUUGCACUGGGAGAGAUGGCUGAGCUUCUAAAUGCCAAAUAUGAUGCCGAUCAGUUGCCUGAAGGAAAAUUGAGCACAAAAGGACUAGGAGGUACUACUCCUGAUCCUUCAAAAGCACGAGAACUUGAGGAUGGGCUCAUAGUUCCCCUAGGAAAGCCCGAAAAAAAGUCAGGCAUUAAGGGGGAUCUAUUGUACAAUGAAUACAUUGUUUAUAAUGUGGAGCAGAUUAGGAUGCGGUAUAUUGUUCAUGUAAAUUUCAAUUUUAGGAAUAGAAGUUAG